AUGCCAGUAUGUUUAUUAGUAGUGAUAAGGGUGAUACAGAGAGAAAGAGAAUUAAAGAAACAUAAUAUUUCUGACACAAAAUUAAGUCAAAAAUUAGGAGAAAUAUCGCGAGAGAUUGUUUGUGAUAACUGUAAAGAGACUAAGUCCCCACUUCUCGACUAUACGGCACUUGAUAGUGAAGGCAAAAAGAAAAAAUUUUGUUCAGUUGAUUGUAAAAUUGAUUGGAAAAACAAGAAAAAAGAUGAUAGUCCAACCAAAAGUGGAGGAAAAUUUGGGGUAGUAAUUAAAUGUAAUAAUAACAAACAAUUAAAUAUUACUGAUAGUGGUUUAUCAACUAAACAACAAACAGAGUUAACCCAACAACUUAAAUCUACCGUACAACCAAUUACUUAUAGCGAAGUUAGCAAGGAAUUUGACAAAGACAAAAAUAAAAAAAACGAUAACGCUGGAAUAAUAGGAACCCAUAAUAGUAGUGGGAAUAAUUUUCGCAGUUGUUAUUGGUGUAGUUGUUUACAAGAGCAGAAAAAAAGAUUAUUAAAAAUUAUGAAAAUUUGUUUUAUUCCGGCUUGGAUAAUUAAUUUGGCACAUUCACAGCAAGGAAAAAGAGUAGUAUAG